AAUCAAUGCUCGUCUGGCCAGUCGGACCGCACCGGUUCGGUCGGCGGCGGCGGCCGUGGCGGCGGCGACUGCGUGGUCGGCGACGGCGCGCCCCCGUCGACGGUCGGUGGGCUGGCGCGCGGGGAUCUCGCGUCCGACCGCACUGUGCGUCCGGGCGGGGCCGCGACAGCAGCGGGCAGGUCGCAGGGCGGCGCUCGCGCUCGGGAGAAAUAGAGCCGGGGGUGGAGGCAGUCGGGCCGAGUUGACAUCAAUCGUUGUAGGGACACCAGGUGACUGGAAGGAGCCCCGAAGCUGCGGGGUUCUUGAGGACUUGGACAUCGCCGGACUUGUGACUGAGAGAGGUUCAACUCGCUGGAGAGGCACCCGUCCGGCUGGAGUCGAGAGAACUGGAAUCUCCUGAUGGUCGUGAUGUCUGAUGGGUGACCUCCACGGGUGGUGGCCUCUCCAACGGGAUCGACCUGCUGAGCGGCAGUAGCGGCAGCAUACCUGCAGCUUCGAGAGUGAGGUUCGGUGAAGUCUGGACCACGAAGUUCGUCCGAUUUCAGCCUUUCACUCAGCUUAUCGAAUUGAAAGACCUCCAAAGGCUGAGCUGUGAAGCAUGGCGGUGACUGCGGAAUCUGAUCCGCUGUCGACAAUCAUGGCCACGACUCUAUCCAGCAUCGUCUCCAACACGUCUAACAGCUCGGAGACGACGUCAGGAGACGAGGAGGAUCCGGCCUGGGGUCUGGUGGCCAUGAUCACCACCUCCUGCAUCCUCGGUGUGGUGAUCCUGACGACCGUCAUCGGUAACGUGUUCGUGAUCGCUGCUAUCGUCAUGGAGAAGGGCCUGCAGAACGUGGCCAACUACCUGAUCGUGUCGUUGGCAGUGGCCGACCUCAUGGUGGCCUGUCUGGUGAUGCCUCUUGGAGCCAUGUAUGAGAGUUAUGACCACAUCAUUUCUGCGGCCGGCGCGCUGCUAUUGCCCGCCGGAGACCGUCGCCCGGCAGCCGAGCGACCCUCCGCUCUGCCCGACCUCAGGGCUGCCCCUCUGCCCGACUGGGCAA